CACACAGACUAAAACUUCCUCCUGUGUCCAACAUCUUAUAUCAGAAGGGGACGAUUUGCAGACAGAAAUCUCAUGUAAACAUCACAUCAAGAUCUGAUAGAGCAACCCAUUUCAUCAGGACCUGAAUAUCACCAGCCUUUGAAUCUAGAAGGAGAAAUGCUUGUCUGCUCUGUCAGCCUCAAUCAGUUUUAAAUGUGUGUGUGACUGGAAAAGCACCGAGACACACACACCUGAGUGAGAGUGUUCCAGUGCACUGACUGUGAAAAGAGCUUUCACCAGUUACACAGACUAAAAAAAAAUCACCAUUCACAGUAAGGAGAGACAUUGUACAUGUUCUGUGCGUGAACGAGGCUUCUACUGACCGUUGGACCUGGAGAGACACAAAGACACCUGCACCAUGGAGAAACCGUGGAAAUGCGGGGACUGUGGGAAGGGAUUCAGAUGCCCAUCUGAGCUGGAAAUUCAUAGACGCAGUCACACCGGAGAGAGGCCGUUCACCUGCUCUGUGUGUGGAAAGGGUUUCAGUCAUUUAUCCAACAUAAUGUCGCACAACCUAGUUCACACCGGUGAGAGACCGUUCACCUGCUCUGAGUGUGGGAAGGGAUUCAGAUCCCCAUCUAAGCUGAAAAUUCACCGACGCACUCACACCGGGGAGAGGCCAUUCACCUGCUCUGAGUGCGGGAAGGGAUUCACUCAGUUAUCAAACCUGCAGACACACCGACGAGUUCACACUGGGGAAAGACCAUUCACCUGCUCUACGUGUGGGAAGGCAUUCAGUGAUUCAUCUGGCCUGCGGACACAUCAGCGAGUUCACACUGGGGAGAGGCCGUUCACCUGCUCUGAGUGUGGGAAGGGAUUCAGAGAUUCAUCCAGCCUACUGACUCACCAGCGAGUUCACACAGGGGAAAGGCCGUUCAUCUGCCCUGUGUGUGGGAAGGGCUUCAAUCAGUCAAGCAACCUCCUGCGACACCAGCGAGUUCACAAGUGAUUGCAGGGUUUGGAUUCUGCUGUUAUUGCUGCUGUUAAUCACAUCCAGGACUGGACCAUGUUCAUUCUGACAGUUGGUGAAGUGGGAGGGUCAGUGGGUUUCUUUCUGCUGGGCUGGCCGGCCUCAGGACUUUGCUUCCAGUGGGCUGAUGCUCUUUGAGCCUUGGAGUGCACAUUUCCACUGAAAUAAUCCACAAAAGCUGAUGAAGUACAUUUAUUUUAUCCUAGACAGUAAAUAAUGCUUUUCUUACAACUGGAGGUAGAUCUAAAAUAAGUACAUUUGUCUUUGUUCCAUUGAAACUACAGCACAGGGCCAGGCCAGUCGGCUCAAUUGGUCUCUGUCAGUAUUUAUGCUCCACAUGAGCCUCCACCCACCCCUCUUCAUCUCCCCCCCAUCAGCAUAUCCUUCUAUUCGUUUAUCCCUCAUGUAUGUAUCUAGCUUCCCCUUAAAUGUAUUCAUGCUAUUCACCUCAACCACUCGCUGUGGUAGCGAGUUCCACAUUCUCACAACUCGCUGGGUAAAGGGGUUUCUCAUGAAAUCCCUAUUGGUUUAUUGAUCCCCUUCAUCAUCUUAAAGACAUUCAUCAGGUCACCCUUCAGUCUUCUCUUUUCUAGACAAAGGCAGCCCCAGCCUUUCCUGAGGGUUAAAUGCUCUGGUUCUGGAAUUAUGCUUGUGAAUCUUUGUUGCCCCUUCUCCAGUGCCUCUAUUUCCUUUUUCUAAAUGGAGAUGACAAAUGUUGACAGUACUCCCAGUGUAGUCUAACCAUGGUUCGAAACAAGUUGAACAUAACCUCCCUGCUCUUCAAUUCUAUCGUUCUAGAAUGCAACCUAUAUCUUGGCCCCACACUUUUGGAAAGAUGUGAAGUUCUUAGAGAGGGAGCAGAGGAGAUUUACGAGAAUGGCACCAGAGAUGAGGGACUUCAGUUAUUUGGAGAGAUUGCAGUAGCUACAAUUGUUCUCUUUAGAUCAUUGAGUCAUUAGGGAAGAAAAUGGGGCCAUUCUGUCUAUCGAGUCCAUGGUAGCUCCAUAUAGAGCAAACCAGUCAGUCCCAUUGCUUUGUGAUAUCCCCGUAGACUGGCAGCUUUAUUUACCUGUAGUGCCCAUCCAAUUUUGUUUCAAUUUCGCUCAUCUCCUCUCUUUCCCCCACACUCAAAGGCAGCGAGUUCCAGGACAUUACCACUCACUGUGUAAAAAUAUUCCUCCUUACAUCCCCCUACAUCUCCUGCCCAAAACCUGAAAUCUGUCCCCCUCGUCCUUGUACCAUCAGCGAAUGGGAACAGCUUUUCUUUGUCCACCUUCUCUCAUCCUGUCAUAAUCUUGUACACCUCUAUCAAAUCUCCCCUCAACCUCCUUUGCUCCAAGGAGAACAAUCCCAGUUUGACAUCGAAAAUAAAAUAUGUUCAUGCCUGACAUCAAAUGUGAAUGUUGAAUUUCUGUUUUGAAAAUAUUAUGAAUAUAUUGUACUGGACAGUAAAGGAAUUGGAAUAACUCA